AAUCACUCGGUAGAAAACAAAGAGCCCUUGAGAAUAAAGUUUAAGGUUCCCCAAAGCGAAAAAAUAAAUUAAUUAUAUAAAGAACGCCGAUCCCUACAAUUGAGAUAUUGCUUGUCUAGAUACUGAAUAGAUUAUACUCAAGAUGACUCCUCGUCUAUCAAGGUUCACAGAACAUUUUGAUAAUAAUGCUUGCACAACACCCGAUUCCAGUCUUAUAUCGUCAUCCAUGGAAUCCUACUCUUUCCUGAAUUCAUCCUCGUUGGGUGAACUCGAAUCUCCUCAAACUUCCUGUUCUUCUUCCUCCCAAGUCUUCGAUCCUCUACAUACCAACACCAAUGCCACCGCACCUGCACACGAUUACCUUGCGGAAGACGACGCUACUUCACUUCCUGACCUAUCGACCUCUUGUGCGCCGACGGAAAAUGUUGCUGAUUCAUAUGUCAAUCAGUGUGUCAAUCCUCAUUCAUCCGCUCGUCCCAAACUCUUUCGUAAAUUCAAAAGCUUAUCCUCUGUAGCCACCGUCUUCCACCACAAAUUACGGAUACCUCCUCGUAACAAGCACCGCGAGCAAUGCCGUUGCGACCUUGCAGUCAGUUCUGCCUAACAAACUCACCGUAGAAAAAAAAUCACUUCACACUCUCCUUUCAUCCCUUCCUAUCUGCAUUGUAAAUAGUUCCAACUCACAACCAGUCAAGCAAAUCCAGCUUUUCCUCUUUGUGCAAAUAGUUUUUUUUCACAGUUCCAACUUAAAUUUUUAUAUUAAUAUGACUACAGC